AGAGUGUGUCCCUGUGUGUGUGUGUGUGUGUGUGUGUGUGUGUGUGUGCCAGUGCGUGUGUGUGGUGUAUUUGAGAGUGUCCCUGUGUGAGUGUGUGGCGUGUUUGAGAGAGUGUCCCUGUGUGUGUGUGGUGUGUUUGAGGGAGUGUCCCUGUGUGAGUGUGCGGUGUGUUUGAGGGAGUGACCCUGUGUGUGUGUGUGGCGUGUUUGAGAGAGUGUCCCUGUGUGAGUGUGCGGUGUGUUUGAGAGAGUGUCCCUGUGUGAGUGUGCAGUGUGUUUGAGAGAGUGUCCCUGUGUGAGUGUGCAGUGUGUUUGAGGGAGUGUCCCUGUGUGUGUGUGUGGUGUGUUUGAGAGAGUGACCCUGUGUGAGUGUGCGGUGUGUUUGAGAGAGUGUCCCUGUGUGAGUGUGCAGUGUGUUUGAGAGAGUGUCCCUGUGUGAGUGUGCGGUGUGUUUGAGGGAGUGUCCCUGUGUGUGUGUGUGGUGUGUUUGAGAGAGUGACCCUGUGUGAGUGUGCGGUGUGUUUGAGAGAGUGUCCCUGUGUGAGUGUGCGGUGUGUUUGAGAGUGUGACCCUGUGUGUGUGUGUGGUGUGUUUGAGAGAGUGUCCCUGUGUGAGUGUGCGGUGUGUUUGAGGGAGUGUCCCUGUGUGUGUGUGUGGUGUGUUUGAGAGAGUGACCCUGUGUGAGUGUGCGGUGUGUUUGAGAGAGUGUCCCUGUGUGAGUGUGCGGUGUGUUUGAGAGUGUGAGUGUGAGUGUGCGGUGUGUUUGAGAGAGUGUCCCUGUGUGAGUGUGCGGUGUGUUUGAGAGUGUGAGUGUGAGUGUGAUGAACUGCACCUUUAAGAGAGAGACAACUGUUUAUUUCCCUGCAACUGUGGGGCUCUGAUUGGAUAUUAGCUCUGACAGUCAGCUGUGUGAGUGUGUGAGAGAGAGAGAGAGAGAGAGAGAAAAAAAGAGUCAAGGGGAGACAAACACAGAGGCGGAGAGUGAGAGACAGACUGAAAGUGAGGGGGUGGGGGGGGAGAGAACUGCCCGGGCAGGCAGGGACCAUGUCCGCUGAAGAGCGUCUGCAGGAGUUGGAGCAGCUAAUGGUGCAGGCAGCGCCUGGCUUUGGAGAGGUGGAACCCCGCCUGAGUGUGGAGUGCCUACUCGAUCUGCUGCUGUGUCUUUACUAUGAGUUCAGCAGCUCCCCGCUCCGAAAGGAUCCGAAUAUCGCCGGCUUUCUGCAGUGGGUCAGCCCAUUCGCCAAGAAGCUGAAGAAGAUGCGUCUACAACGAGAGGACUUUGAGAUCCUGAAGGUGAUCGGGCGCGGAGCAUUCGGGGAGGUGGCUGUGGUGAAACUGAAGAACUCAGAGAAAGUAUUUGCCAUGAAAAUUCUCCAUAAGUGGGAGAUGCUGAAGAGAGCGGAGACAGCCUGCUUCCGAGAGGAGAGGGACAUACUGGUGAAAGGUGAUAGCCAGUGGAUCACGACGCUACAUUAUGCCUUCCAGGAUGAGCAGUACCUGUACCUGGUCAUGGAUUAUUACGCGGGAGGCGACCUGCUGACCCUGCUCAGUAAAUUCGAGGACCGGCUUCCCGAAGAUAUGGCCCGUUUCUACAUCGCCGAGAUGGUGCUGGCUGUUCACUCAAUCCACCAACUCAACUAUGUACACAGAGAUAUCAAACCAGACAAUGUUUUAAUCGAUAUGAAUGGGCAUGUUCGGCUGGCUGACUUUGGCUCCUGUCUCCAGCUUGGUCUUGACGGCACAGUGGAAACUUCAGUCGCUGUGGGGACACCUGAUUACAUCUCCCCGGAGAUCCUGCAGGCGAUGGAGGAUGGGAAGGGCAAAUAUGGCCCAGAGUGUGACUGGUGGUCCCUGGGGGUCUGCAUGUACGAGUUGCUGUUUGGAGAGACCCCUUUCUACGCAGAGUCCCUGGUGGAGACCUAUGGCAAGAUCAUGAACCACAAGGAUAAGUUGACGUUCCCGCCAGAUGUCAGCGACGUGUCCGAGGCCGCCCAGGAUCUGAUCGCCAAGCUGGUGUGCAGCAAGGAGAAACGCCUGGGCCGUGGGGGCAUUGGGGACCUCCAGGGGCACCCCUUCUUCGCCAGCAUCGACUGGCAGCAUAUCCGCGACUGCCCCCCACCCUACAUCCCCGACGUCGCCAGCCCCACGGACACCUCCAACUUCGACGUGGACGACGACGCGCUGAAGACGGCGGACUCGACCAUUCCUCCCAGUCGGGGUGCGUUCUCUGGGCUCCACCUGCCCUUUGUUGGAUUCACAUACACUUCCAACUGCUCACUGUCUGACCGCGGCUGCCUGACAGACACAUGGGCCACCGGUUCACUUGACAACCGGGAAGCUGAGGCGUUCGAGAGGCAGAUAAAGCAGCUGGAGUCGGACAAGAGGGACCUGAGCCGCAAACUUCAAGAAUCCCUGCAGAAAGCUGCAGCCGGCCACAGCAGCUCGGGGACAGCCGGGAGAGAAUUGGAAGUCAAAAGCUUGAAAGAAGAGAUGCAGACCCUGAAAGCGAGACUGGCAGAGAACCAGCUAGAUAAUGACGAACAAGUCGAGAGGAAGAGCGAGUCUGAGAACCGUCAGCUCCGAGCCCUGGAGAAGCAGCUGAAGAUCCUCAAACAGGAGAAGGACGACACCCAUAAGGAUCUGGCCGAGGCCCGGGAGCUACUGAUCGCUCGGAGCCGUGAGCUGCGUGAGGCGCAGGUCAAGUGCCAGCGGGCAGUCGAGGAGGCCCAGGAAGGGGAGGAGCGUUACUCCCAGCUCCGGCUGCAGAAACAGAAGCUGUCCCGGGAUCUGCGCGACCGGGAGGAGGAGAUGGAGGUGGUGAUGGAGAAGGUGGAGAGCAUGCGGCAGGAGCUGAGCAGGGCGGAUAAGAUCAGGCUGGAGUUGGAGGCGAAGGUGGAGGAGCAGACGCAGGAGGCGGUCAAGCAGGGCAAACUGUGGGAGUGCAGCGAACAGAGGAGGAGGCAGCUGGAGGAAUGGAAGAUGGCACAGACCGGGGGUGAUCCCGGCAGGCUAUGGCCUGACCUCAAGCGAGAGUUGGUGGCGGAGGAGGAGUUGGCGAAGGUGGAGACGGAACGGAAGCUGCUGGCCCGUGAGGAGGAGUUGGCACGGCAGCAGAGUGCCCACGCGGCCGAGUUACAGGCAGUCCGCGAGCAGCUGGCAGAAUCGGAGAGUCGGCAGCAGCAGCUGGAGAGGGAGCUGGUGGCCAGCAGAGAGCGGCUGGUGAAAGCACGCAGUGAGCGGCAGUCGGAACAGGAGGAACUCCUGAUGGAAUUGCGGACGGCCCACGAACAGGAGAAGAGCCAGCUGAGGGAAGAGAACCUGAAGCUGAGUGUGGAGCUGGAGCCGCUCAUGGAGAAGGUGGAGAAGCUACAGGCCACCAACAUGCAACUGGAGGAGGCACUCCGUGCGCUGGAAGGCAGGAAGGAGACGGUGAAACAGUGGGACACCCAGAUCGCGGAGAUCAUCCAAUGGGUGAGUGAAGAGAAGGAAGCGCGGGGUUACCUGCAAUCGCUGGCCAGCAAGAUGACCGAGGAACUGGACUCACUGAAGAACAUGAGCAGCCAUGCCAAGCCUGUGGACACACACUGGAAGGUGCGGCGCCUUCAGAAGCUGGAGGCCUCAGCCAAGUUGGAGUUGCAGUCAGCGUUGGAUGCUGAAAUUCGAGCCAAACAAUCACUGCAGGAACAGCUCAAUGAAGCCAAACGCACAAACCUGGCUACAGAAUGCAAGCUCCAGGAACUGGAGAAACAGAAUGAGUCUCUGAAGCUGGAGGUUGAGAAACUCAAGGAGGAGGCGCAGACAAAGGUGCAAAAGGGUUUACGUCAGGAUUCUUUUUUCUCAUUCAUCUCCCCGCCCUCGUUGGAGUUGCUGGAUCUCUCUGCCUUCUCACGGCUCUCUCCGGACAGCAGGAAAUCUCCAGGGCAUGGGGUGCCUCGGCCCGAGAGUCCGUCUUUCCGAAGCAGGGAGGCAUCGGAUUCGAACGCGAAGCCCGGGUCUCCUCGAAAGGUACUGAAGAAGCCUACGUCUCCCCCUCCAGUCACUCCUCACCCCCCCAAGCCCACCCCUCACCAGUUUAAGGUGAAAACAUUCCAAGUCCCCACAAAAUGCAUGCGUUGUACAUCGCUUAUGGUUGGCUUGGUUCGACAAGGUUUCAGCUGUGAAGUCUGUAACUUUGUUUGCCACUCGGCCUGUUCCGCGGAGGCCAACAUCUGUCCAACACCCCCCCAGCAAAUUCGGUCGCUGGGGAUCGAUCCUGUCAAAGGAACUGGGACAGCGUUCGAGGGCUCAGUGUGGGUCCCAAAGCCGACAGGAGUGAAGAAGGGCUGGCAUCGGGCCCACGCUGUGCUUUGCGACUUCAAGAUCUUUCUGUACGAGACAACGGAGUCGAGGGGUUCCCAGGCCAGCGCCGCCGUCACUCACGUCUUCGACCUACGCAAUGAAGAAUUCUCUGUGAGCUCAGUCUUCUUUUCCGAUGUGAUUCAUGCGAACAAGAAGGAUGUUCCAUGUAUAUUCAGGAUCACGGCUCCUCAGCUAACAGUCCCCAGCUCCAAGACCUCGCUCCUGGUGCUGGCCGACAGCGAGAGCGAGAAGAAGAAGUGGGUGACGGUGAUUAACGAGCUGGUAGCCAUCUGCAAGCAAAGCGGCUUCAAAGAACGGUCAGCGGUGUGUCUCAAAGAGGUCUACGACAGCGCACUGCCACUAAUCUGCAACACGCUGACCGCAGCUAUCAUAGACAAGGAACGAGUUGCCUUGGGUACUGAGGACGGACUGUACAUCAUCGAUGUGACUAAAAAUGAAAUCACACUGCUGGGCGACUGCAAGCGGGUUCACCAGCUCGAUCCGGUGCCCGGUGCCAGACUGCUUGCCGUGUUGUCCGGUAGGAGCCGAAACGUGCGUGUUUUCACCUGGGAGGACCUAAAGAACCCGGAGGCGACUGGAGCCAAGCUGUUGGAAGCCCGGGGCUCUCAGAUGAUCACCGCGGGCAGCCAGUGCCAGGGGAAGGGUGCCAACUGGCUGUGCACGGCCACCAAGCGACAUGUGACAUGUUACCAGCUGGCCUCCAGCAAGCAGCCAUACAAGCGGGCACGGGAUUUCCAGGCCCCUGGGGUAGUUCAGUGGAUGGGCAUCUUCGAAGAACUCCUGUGCGUCGGCUAUCCGGCCGGUUUCAGCCUGUAUGCUUUGGCGGGUGAGGGACCCCCGACCAACCUGGUGAGCCCAGAGGACCCCUCCCUCGCCUUCCUCUUUCACGGGCAGACGGAGGCUUUGUGCGCUGUGACUGUUUCCAGUGAUCUGUACCUGCUGUGCUUCAACACGGUUGGCGUGUAUGUCAAUGGCCAGGGUCGGAGAUCAGAGCAGCGGGAGCUAAUGUGGCCAGCGCACCCCAUUGGUGCAUCUUGUCGCGGGCCUUAUCUGACGGUAUACAGCGAGAACGCAAUGAACGUGUUUGAAGUGAAGACUGGCGAGUGGAUCCAGACCAUUCCCCUGAAGAAAGUUCGCCCCCUGAACUCGGAUGGAUCACUGAAUCUGUCAGCAAGCGAGCCGUACCGAUUAAUCUACUUACGCAGGAAGGAGGCGGAUGUUGAUGAUUUUGUCAUCCCAGAGAAGACGGGGAAUCUCAGGCGCCAAAUGAUCCGUACCAAGAGCAAAAGGCGUUUUGCUUUCCGAGUCUCCGAGGAAGAACGAUUCCAGCAGUUAAGGGAGAUGCUGAAAGACCCCCAGAGGAGGUCCAAGUUAAUCUCGAAUCCAACCAACUUCAACCACGUGGUGCACGUGGGCCCUCCGCAAGACAUGCAUAAUCUCCGGGAUCUGCCCACGUCAAAAGAUUCACCAGAAGAAAGAAAUCAGAUGUCUUCCAUCCUUCCCACAUUCCGACACCGUAGCAACACGGAAUCAGGGUUCCUGAGCGAUAAAAAGUCUUCCAGAGAUCCACCACCUGGUUCUUCCAGCAGUCAGCUGCCACGGAAACAGAUCUCUCCGGACGCGGCCUUGCUGGCGGAUUUUAAUCCCACUCGUCUCUGAGACCUACCUUACCCCAGUGACGGCCUCCCAGCAACCACCUCCCCUGAGGUGUGGAAACAAAACCACCUCACUCACUCUGAACAAUUAGCGCAGAGACCCUCCCAGUUUUUCCCCAAUUCUGAGAGAACCGUUGGCGAGGGUCAACAGGACGACCCCCCUCCCCCCGCAUCCUGAACAUCGACUGAAUGGUCGUUUCCAGAACAUUCCAUCCGCCCUUGGCACAGACUCAAGGAACGGUUGCUUCUCUCCCCUUGACGUUUAAAGCUCUUGAGGACUGGCUCCUCCUCAGCUCCCAUUGAUGCUGACACCUCAAACUGUGAGUCUGUGUUUGUGGACAGCAAUCUGCCAGGCUUAUCUGGGCCAAAGGCCCUGUUGCCCAAUGGUCCCAUGUUACGGCUGCGGGUGGUGGUGGUGGGAGGGGGAGCUGGGGGGUGGAUUGAUCUUAACCACAGUAAAGGAUGGGUUGGUGGUCUGUCUCUGCAAUCCCCACAUGUGCCAGGACUGCAGCCAGGAAAGGCAUGUCCUGCUCUCUCUCUGUCUCUCUCUCUCUCACUGCUGUUUUGAAAGUGCCAUGCUUCUGAAAAGGUCUGUCAGCCAUUAGGUUACGUGCAGAGCCGCUGUUAAACCAAGCGUGCACCCCUCAGCUAACUGGUUAUUGCAAUAACUGGGCGUGCAUACCGCCCUCUGUCUAGGCAGAUAAUUCCUACCUCUGUGAAAAUGGUGGAGCAGUUAACUGCUGCAAAAUGGGGCUUGAAGGGAGAAAGCAAAGAUGAGGGGAGACCUGACUACCUGUAAACGUCCACGCCCAGAUUCUGCUCCCCCCCCCCCACCAACUUUGUUUCAGGGCGUGAAAGGACACAGCACUUCAAAUGGACCCCAGAAUUGAGACAUGCUUGUGCAGGAUGCCAGCAUUUCCUGCAGCCCUUGAAAUGCCCGCAGCAGGUUUGAAGGAAUGGGGGCCAUCUCUGUCCACACAGGGCAAGGUUGGGGAUGGGGUUAGAGAAUGUCCAUUCACACCACAUACCUGACAGUGCUGUCUUAAAGCUGAGUUAUUCCCCAUCCAAAAUCCUCCUUUCAAGAAUCCCCCUACCACCUCCCAAUCAGUCGCUGUGUAAAUCUUGCUCGUUUGUGGACAUAAUUAACUGCUUCUAGGAUUGUUCAAUACAAGUACUUGUACAGCAAUGAAA